AUGCAGGCCGCGCAAAAGGGCCCCAAGGCCUGCACAACAUGCGCAAAAGCAAAAGCGCGAUGCAUUCCCGGCAAUACAGACGCCGACAAGUGCGAGAGAUGUCAAAGAUUGGGUAAAGAAUGCUUCUCCCGCCCGCCCGCGCCGCCGCGCAUCAAAAAGCGGCCCAAGCGAUCCCGGGUCGCGGAGCUGGAGAAGAGACUGAAUGAGCUGUCCUCGCAGGUCGGACAGGGCCACGCGCGACUCCCUACGCCUGAAGAUGCGGCCGCGUCGGAGCGGGCUACGUCGAGCGCCCGGACGGCGCGCAGCGGCGACAUCAAGAGCGAUCUAGUCGAGAUUGUCAACCUGCAGCACUGGUUCCCCAACACGGCCAGCUCGUCCGGCGACAAGGACAAGUCGGCGUCGCCGCCGGCCGCGCCGCGCGCCGGCUGGGAGGCCGAGGCCUUUCAGCACAUGGACUCGAUCUGGCCGCUGCCCGAGGACGCGGCGACGCUGCUCACCGAGUACCAUGCGCUGUGGGCCGAGACGUUCCCCUUCAUCGUGGUCCCGCGCGACAUGACAUCCGAGGACCUGCGCGACAAGCGGCCGUUUCUGUGGAAGGGCAUCAUGCUGACGGCAUCCUUUUUCGACGCCGCCCGCCAGACGGGCCUCGGCGGCGAGAUGCUCUCCGACAUGGCCCGCGCCGCCGUCGUCGAGGGUGUCAAGACGCUCGACCUGCUCCAGGGCAUGCAGCUGCUCAUCGCCUGGUAUCAGUACGCCGUCAAGGGCCACCAGCUGACCAGCCUGCUCUUCCUCGCCCGCUCCAUGUGCGUCAACCUGAGCUCGCCCAGCUGCGACCCGCUGCCGAGCGACGCCCGCUACUCCCAGCUGGAUCCUCUGCGCGCCUACGCCGCCACAUAUUAUAUCAAUACAAUCGUCUUUGCGACGAAUAAAAAGAAUGAUGUGUUUAUGAAUAUAUCUCACGUCGAUCUCUGUCUCAAGACGCUAGAGGGUGCCGCCGAAUACCCAUCCGAUGUAUUCCUCAUCAAACUCGUCAAAUCGCAGCAGAUUGCUCAAACCAUCGCCCUCAACAUGUCGUUUAACCCCAGGCAGCCGAUGCCACUCCCCAUCCCGGUCAUGGUGCAGACAUUCCAACAAACAAUCAAAAACUUUCGAGAUACAUUACCCAAGCAUUUGGAGGAUGACCCGUCACUAUGCGGCCAUCUCCUCAUCUCCGAGAUCCUCCUCACCGACAUUGCCCUGUCGGACCAGCACUGCGGCCCCGCCAGCAUGCCGGUCGAGACGCGUCUCGAGAUGCUGUGGUCGUGCAUCCGCGCGCUGCGCGCCUUUUUCCGCAACCGGUUCCUGCACCGCGACAUUGACAAGCCGCGCUACGUCAACCUGACCACUUCGGACAUUGCCUACAGCCUCAUCACCAGCAUCAAGCUGAUGAUGCUGCGCCUGCCCGGCUGGGACCCCAAGCACGUUGCCUCGGAGCUGACCAUCACCCAUAUGCUUCACUGGCAGAUCAACGACCUCGCCCUCAUCAUCGAGAAGCGCCGUGGCGAGCCCGCGACUGCCGGCCCAGGCGGUGGUCCCGGCAAGGUCGCGCCCAUUGCCGAGGACCCCUGGGAGCGCCUCCUCCGCCUGCUCUUCAACGCGCGGGAGCUGGUCAAUCUCCAGUGCCACUCGGGCGACAUGAGCGCGGCGGCCGCGGCGGCCGCGGCCAUGCCGGGUAUUCCGGGCCCACCGGGAUCCUCGCAGACCCUGCUAGGAGAGCUCGACGAGUCCGUAUGGUUUGACAUUGUCAACGAGACGGCCUGGAACAUGAAUGACGAAAUCAUGUCUGGGUAG